AUGAGCAAACCAUUCAAGGAAGAACACCCGCUUGAAAAGCGCAAGUCCGAGGCCGAACGCAUCCGCGCCAAGUACCCCGACCGAGUGCCUGUCAUUUGCGAAAAGGCGGACCGAUCUGACAUUCCCGAUAUCGACAAAAAGAAGUAUUUGGUACCAGCGGACUUGACGGUGGGACAAUUUCACUAUGUGAUUCGCAAGCGCAUCAAGCUGGCGCCCGAAAAGGCUCUGUUCUUGUUUUGUUCCAAUAGCAUCCCACCGAAUGCCGCGCUCAUGUCAACUGUGUACGAAGAACAAAAGGAUGAGGAUGGAUUCCUGUACAUUCAAUACAGUGGAGAGUCGACAUUUGGUUCGGAAGAGUAA